AUGGCCAGCAAACGGUCUCGCUCCACCUAUGAAGAGGAUCUACAGAAGCAGGAAUCACCAUAUGUGGUAUAUGGGACCCCUCUCCCUCCACUCGACGAGCAAGGUCGGGACGAUGGCUCCUACAUUCCCAUUUGGAAGCAAGAGGUUACAGAUGAUCAGGGGAGGAAACGUCUCCAUGGCGCCUUUACCGGUGGAUUCAGCGCCGGAUAUUUCAAUACGGUGGGGUCGAAAGAAGGGUGGACACCGGCGACGUUUAAGUCUUCGAGAAACAGCAGGGCGAAAGACCUGAAAGAUGCUGUACAGCAGCGGCGCGAGGACUUCAUGGACGAGGAAGACAUGCGAGAAGCUGAAGAGUCCAAGAGAAUGUCAACGGCGGAGGAGUAUGCAGGUUUUGGUUCCACGGAUGAAGAUCCCAAGCGUCUUGAGGCUUUUAUGGAUAUUUUCAGACCUGCUGGGGACACAAUUGGGGUCAAACUAUUGAAAAGGAUGGGCUGGAAAGAGGGACAGGGCAUAGGACCAAGGGUAAGAAGAAAGGCAGAUCUGGGUGAAGCGGAGGGCGGAAACGAAGAAGUAGACACGACGCAUCUGUUUGCCCCCGAAGAUCCUCCAAUGGUUUCUUUGGACCGCAAGUAUGACCACAAAGGUCUAGGUUUGGGGGAAGAAUCGCCUAUCUCCAACAUCCUACCUUCUACACGUCCAAAAGCCAAUAGCGAAGAUGAAGGUCAAAGUCCUGAUCCUUUUUCGAGAAAUGUCCGCACAAGUCGGAAAGUGCUCACACCUAAAAAAGCAGCCUUUGGAGUUGGCAUUUUAAAUGACACAGGAUCUGAUGACGAAGACCCCUACCAGAUGGGUCCGAAGACAUCGUAUAGUAGAGUCAUCGGGGAAGAAAAGAAGCAUCAGAAGAAACGUGCCGCUGUGCAAGGCGCCUCCCAUCCCUUGUUGAGGGAGCGACCCAUCUUCAUGUCCAAGAAGACGAAAAGCAAACCUGGGUUUCGAAGGUGUCAUGACGGACGUCUUCCACUUGAAGGCUUUGUCUUGGCUACAGAAUUGGACUCUUUCUCCUUGCUGAAUUUACAGGACGAGAAAUACAAACCCCCCAAGGUACCGGAAGGGUGGGUAUCGAAAAAGCAACCUGCAACUAAACAUCCUGGAGAGGCUCAUGUAUCUACUGCCGAGGCUGCGAAGCUUUCCUACAUGGAUGCAAAAGCAAGGGCGGUUUUACUCGGAGAAGAACAGAUGCCUGGAAAGUCGGUAUUUGACUUCCUGACUCCAGCCGCCCGAGAUCGGAUCGCUGUAGCGUCGGGAAAGAGCAAUUUGCCUGCAGCAUUGAAUGAGAGGCCACCCAAAGGCUUCGAGGCAUCUCACGAAGAUAGAAAUCGGGUCCUUCAAGAUCUCAUUCCUAGACUGGAUGCAGAAGUGGCUAUGCAAGCGUUGAAUCGUGGAGUAGGAGGCUGGAUGCCUUAUGCGGAAGACGACGAGAAACGAGCCAGGUAUCGAGCAUUUCUUGAAAUCCGAGCAGGCAUCCGAGAAGGUCUCCCUGAGCGCGUACAGGGUAUGACUAAAGAUGACUGGGUCAAUGAAAUGCACGAAUUUUCUCGAGCAGCCCAGGUCUUCAAGCCUGUGACCGGUAUGAUGGCAUCAAGAUUCAUCUCGUCGUCCUCGCGUUCCCAGCGCGCCUCGGAUAAUCUCGAUUCAUCUGGAAACGGAGAGGCGCUCUUGAGCCAACCACCGACAAAGCCUGGAGACCCUGCCAUGAACGCUGCAAAGAUGGGCAUGUUUGGUCCACUGACGAGGUCAGUCAAGAGUUUCUAUCCAACCAGGCUACUAUGCAAGCGCUUCAACGUCAAGCCUCCGGCUAAUGUCCAACCUGACCUCGGAGAUGGUUCUGGAAAGGGUGCUUCUAUAAGCAGCAUGGCUGGUACCAGAUUUGAAUCUGCUGGCUACCAAAUGCAACCCAGUGGUGAUCCAGAGAAAGCGGACCCAAGCGUUUCACAUCAGAAGCUGUUGCAGCCUUCGGAGGACGUGGCUUUCGCCUCAAGCACUAGUAAGCCUACAACGGCAGCAGCUCCUUCAGUUGAUCUAGAGAGGAAUGAGGCUCUAGAAGCAGACCGGCCUAGCGAUGAGGGUUGCUGUGGUUCCACCCAAGCCGUCGAUAAUGAUCGACCUUCUUCAGCGUUAGCUGCACCGCCACAACCUACGACAUCUCUAACCUCACCCAUCUCGCCUAUCGUGUCCUCCACUUCCCGCACCCCCCAACCUCGAACCCUUCAAGUCCACUCCACGUCGCAGUCACAAUCUCCCUCACGCUCCUCCAGUGCGCUGCGCCCCUCGUCGUCUAUUCACACUCCACGCCUCAAUAACCUCCCUUCCCACGAACGUUACAACGCCCCACUGACUACUCCUCCUCCUUGGACCUCAAAAACCCAGAUUUGGACCCUCGCCCAGCUUCAGAGCGAGAGGCAAGAGUUUUACGAUACGCGCGUCACUGGUCGGCUCGAGAUUUGGGGCGCACUACAGAAUGUAUGUGAAUUGGUGCGAGGCGGUGAUAUAGCGACUGCGCAGGGAAUACUGGAUGCGGCGGGUGUCACACUACCGACGGGAAACCUUGUGGACGGGUGUUACGAUGAGGCAGGAAAUCUAUACAGGCUGCCCGAGGUUGUGGUGAGUGAUCCAGUAAAUAUCAGGGGCGACGGCGACAGCGAUGUCAGACUGGAUGGGUCCCGAAACAGCAAUAACAUUGAUGGAGAGACUAUGAUUGGAGUCCCAGAUGCGAAAAUCGCAGCUACGGCGGAAGACACAGUCUUGGAUGGAGACGAACGGGAUGUAGAAGAAGACGAAAAGGAUAUCCUGGAACGGCGCAGAGAGGAGAAAGGAAAAGCAAGUGAACGUGACGCUAUCAAGGUGCGAUGUCGACUUAGCGACCGUGGUGGACCAGAUGUCGUGAUCGGCCUGGGGAAGGCUCAACACGUGGCUACGUUGGUGAGGAGAGUUCAUGUGGAAGGAAAUGUCUCACCCUCCCUUCGUAUCCGUUUAGCAUACCUAGGCAAAAUUCUCAACGAAAGGGAUACCCUCGAAGCCCAGGGUUGGAAGGAGGGACACGUCAUCAAUGCCAUGGUCGUUGGCGAUGGCAUCAUGCCCAGACCACAGCUUUCGUAA